UGUUACCAGCGUGCUGAGAGCACCGAGUGUCUGUCUGGGACCAUUGCUCAGUGGAUUAAUUAUUCAUUUUUCCUAGUCAUACCAACAUCACAGGUUGAUAUUUUUUCCCAUAGGUGGAUUUCUGUAGCAUUCUCUGUGUACCUAGGGACAGGUCCCUGUUGACAUUUUGACUGUGGCUAAUAUUGGAGUGGAGUCUUUGGUGCACACUAUACAGAGCAGAUUACAAUGCUUAUCCUCACAUGGCUAAGGAGGUCCGACAUGAAGAUGCUUCCAAGGUUCUUGAAUUCUUAUUCUGGGAUGGAGCAGAAUUCGGUCCGAUACAUUGGUUCUGACUACAAGACAGGAGAGCAUGGACCAUCUCCUCAGCACAACAAUGAGCAGUGAGCAUGGACUAAUUUCCAGUAGUUCAAUGCUGCAGCGUCUCAGUAACCUACUUUUUUAUACUAUAUCUGAAGGACAGGAGCGACUUCCAGUCAACAAAUUCAUAAAUACACUGAAAGCAAAUGGCUUGCUAACAUCAGACCCCCGACUGAAGGAUUGCAUGGGCAUUCUGCGUCAUAUUGUGCGUCAAGAAUCCAUCAAAGGAGCCACCAUGGAUCGAGAAGUCUUUCACAAGUGUGUUCAGAGCAACAUUGUUCUCCUGACACAGGUAGUCUGCAAGAAGUUUGUGAUUCCCGACUUUGAACAGUUCACAUGGCAAGUGAAAAGCUUAUAUGAAAAUGCUCAAAGCAUACAGAACGGAGAGGUUGCAAACUACAUUCCACAGCUUGCAAAAUUUAGUCCUGACCGGUGGGGUGUGUCUCUAUGUACAGUUGAUGGUCAAAGGUACUCAAUAGGAGACACUGGUGUCCCAUUCUGUUUGCAAUCUUGUGUGAAGCCACUUAAAUAUGCCAUCGCUGUGAAUGACCAUGGCACGGAAUAUGUCCACCAGCACAUGGGCAAAGAACCCAGUGGCAAUCGCUUUAACAAGAUGUCUCUGAACCAUCAAGGUAAACCCUACAACCCUAUGGUAAAUGCUGGAGCCAUUGUUGUCUGCUCAUUGAUCAAACCUGGCACAAACAAAGCUGAGAAAUUUGAUUAUAUUAUGCAGUUAUUGAAAAAGAUGUGUGGGAAUGAAUUCAUUGGCUUCAGCAAUGCAACGUUCCAGUCAGAGAAAGAGACAGGGGAUCGGAACUACGCAAUUGGUUAUUACUUGAAAGAGAAGAAGUGUUUUCCAAAUACUGCUGACAUGAUAGCUGCUCUGGAUCUUUACUUUCAGCUGUGCUCCAUUGAAGUGACCUGUGAAUCGGGCAGUGUGAUAGCUGCUACGCUGGCUAAUGGUGGGAUUUGUCCAAUCACAGGAGAGCGAGUUCUAAGCGCUGAGGCUGUGAGGAACACACUGAGUUUGAUGCACUCAUGUGGCAUGUAUGACUUCUCUGGACAGUUUGCCUUUCAUGUGGGAUUACCAGCCAAAUCUGGAGUGUCAGGAGCCAUCUUACUGGUAGUACCAAAUAUUAUGGGAGUUUUCUGUUGGUCGCCUCCUUUAGAUAGAGUCGGGAACAGUGUUCGGGGGAUUCACUUCUGCCGGGAAUUGGUCUCAGUAUUUAAUUUUCAUAAUUAUGACAACCUGAGACAUUGUGUACGGAAAAUGGAUCCCAGGAAAGAGGGUGGAGAAAUACAGAAUAAGACGGUGGUGAAUCUUCUGUUUGCAGCCUACAGCGGAGAUGUCUCUGCUCUAAGACGGUUUGCACUAUCAGCUGUGGACAUGGAGCAGAAGGAUUAUGAUUCUAGAACCGCUCUUCAUGUGGCAGCUGCAGAAGGACAUUUGGAUGUGGUGAAGUUUUUGACUGAAGGUUGCAGAGUGAACCCAUUUGCGGAGGACAGGUGGGGUAAUACACCGAUAAAAGAUGCAGUUCGACUUGGCAAAAGUGAGGUGGUAAAGCUGCUGACAGAGUACCAAGAAACCUACAAUAAGAAAGGAACUGAAGGUUCAGAGGAGCAGGUGUCACUGGAAACAUUUAAGAGCAUGGUAUAGCCAGACCUUAAUAGGCCAUAACCUACAGUCCUCAUCUUAAGUGCCUACACUUUAUAGAAUGCACUGUUACACAUAGGAACUUCUAGACACUGUAUGUAAAGUAAUGGUUACAGUAUCAAGUAUGUAUGUAAUAUAAAGGCUGUAAUCUUUAUCAUGUGUUGCAUCGAAAAUAGAGGUAAUGUAACCCAUGUGGUAUGUUUGUGGCAGGCAUUAGAAUAUUCCUAUAUUAUAUUCAGUCUACUAAGUGUUUACUGUAUUGCCACAGUACAGUAUAAAGUGGUUGAUUUGAUAAGCUCCAAAUAUGCUGCCAG